AUGACCAAACAAAGGAGCAACUUGUACACUGAUAAUUCCCAAGUGUCAAGUAGUGUGUGGCUGAGGCUGUGGUUACUAUUUCAGAAUGGCUUGCCCCUAAGUCACCUAGACCGACACCAAGAGCUCGAUAUUGCUAUUGAUGGUGAUGAUGAGGUAGAUGCUGACCUCAAUCUCAUCAGAGGGGCUGGAGGCUGCCUGACCCAAGAGAACAUUGUAGCCAGCUGUGCCAAAUGUUUCAUCUUUAUUGCUAAUUGUAGGAAGGAUUCCAAGAACCUUGGCAACCACUGGGUGAAGGGAAUUCCUACUGAAGUCAUCCAGAUGGUGUAUGUGCCCAUGACCAGAGUCUUGACCCAGAUGUUUGGUGGAGUGGCUAAGCUGUGCAUGGCCGAAUGCAAGGCAGGCCCCAUGGUGACAAACAAUGGGAACUUUCUGUGGGACAGGAAGUUUGACCUGUUGCAAAAAAGUAGCAAAGUGAACGCAGCCAUCACAAUAAUACCAGGAGCCUUGGGCAUGGCUCUCUUUAUCAACAUGGCCAAAAGAGUCUACUUUGGCGUGGAAGAUGACUCAGUCACAGUGAGGGAGACUCCAGCCAUCUCACGACUGAGGCCCCACCAGUUGAUGAGGCAAAGAAGCCAGAGCCUUUGCCUUAAAGUCCUUCCCUCAGGACAGCCGUUUGGGGUACCUUACAUUCUAAUAGGAGAGGACAAUACAACAAAGGGACUGAAAAUCUGGGGCAGGGAACAGAGGAAGAGUAUUAGGAAAAGUAAUCUAGAGAAUCUUGAACUGAGCUGUUUGGAGGCGAUCACGACGGAAGCGACUGCUUCUGCAAAUGGAAAUUCUAAAGGGGGAAUUGAUGAGAGGAAGAGGUCGCCGGCAUGGCGGCAUCUCCAGUGUGAUUGCUGCGUGUAA